AGGAGCUCUCGAGAUUGCUGGACUCUGACUCUACGGAGAGCGAGCAUUACACAUCACAACGCGACCAUGCUGCUCCUCGUCUCAGUCAGCUUUCUGCACACCGUGUCCCUCACUGGCCAGGCCCGUUGCUGGGCCACAAAGAUCCCCUAUAGAAAAGACGGCGCUUAUAAACCAAGGCGCUAUCCCUUGCAAUCUCAUCUACUUUGAACAUGUCCUCCGAAAACACUGCAGCCUCGAUCGCAAAACUCUUCUCCCCGGUGACUCUGGGCACCGUCACCAUGUCCAACCGAAUCUUCAUGGCACCCAUGGCGCGCAAUCGCACGACAGACACUGUCCCGAACGACAUCAUGCGGGACUACUACGUGCAGCGCGUGCGGGGCGGUGCGGGCCUGAUCGUGACCGAGGCGAGUCUCAUCAGCAGGCAAGGAACUGAGUGGGCCAACUCGCCCGGGAUCUGGAGCAAAGAGCAGACCGCAGGAUGGAAGAACGUCGUCGACGGGGUGCAUGCGGCGGGCGGGCGGAUUUAUUGCCAGAUCAUGCACGGUAAGGUCUCGACGAGAACUCCCCGAUCAGCAGCCCAGGCUCAUGUGAACAGGUGGGCGUGCAUGCCACCCCGACGCGCCCCAUCAGAUCGCUUCAGGAGAGGUACGUCUCCGGAUUGGACGAGGCAGUCGCCGAAUUUGAUCUGGAUCGCAGCCCGUUUGGGCCCCAUCCGCCGUUCGCGCUGCCGGUGGAAAAUUCCGAUUCCUGCCCGGAAUACCGGGCUACCAGACCGUCAGUGACUUCUAGCCGUGACUGAAAGACCUGUGUGUGUGCUCAUCCUGUUGCACAGCCGACGGAGAUCCCCGACCCCAUGAAGAUCGUAGAAUUGUUCAGAAUUGCGGCGGUAAAUGCUAAAGAAGCCGGGUUCGACGGUCUCGAAAGUGGGCGCCACCUGCAUUGCUUCGUUCGUUCGCAACUGAUCGCUGAAUCGCAUCACAGUCCACGGGGCCAUGGGAUACUUGAUCCACCAGUUCCUCGACCCGACCGCCAACCUACGCAAGGACAAGUGGGGUGGCAGCCCGGAGAAUCGGGCCCGGUUCGCGCUCGAGAUCAUGAAAGCCGUGUGUAGAGUGUGGGGCCCAAAUGUGGGGCUCAAGAUCAACCCUGGCGGCGGGUACAACGAUAUGGGCUUUGCGCUGGACGACACGAUUGCGACGUUCGGCUACCUGCUCAAGGAGGUCGACAAGCUCGGACUGGCGUACGUCUGCAUCGUGCGCUAUCUCGACUUCCUCGACCCCGCGAAGCGCGGGACCCCGCACGACGUACUGGAGACCUACGCGCCAUUUCUGAAGAACACGCCGAUGAUCCCCAAUGGCGGGAUCACGCCUGCGGAGGCGAUCGAGUGGGUGGGGAGUGGGAGGUUCCCGGCUGUGUCGAUUGGCAUCCCCUGGAUGUCGCACUCGGAUUUGGCAUGGAGGGUUCAGGCGGGAAAGCCGCUUGAUAAUGAGGUAGACUGGCCGCAUGCCUACGGGGGCGAUUUUGAGCCGUCGAUCGGAUACUUGGACUAUCCCGAGGCCACGUAUGACGAGAAGUCCGACGUCUAGACGCAUGGACUGUCAUAUCAAGUGCCACCGGAAAAGUGGUGCACGACCUACCAAUUUUAACCCACGGGAGCCACCGCAGAGAGAGAAAAUAGAUAUUGGAUCAUGUACAACUCGUACUUCCCGCUAGACAAACUCCGUCCCAGAAUUUGACUGAAGCGCUCGUACCGCAACCACGAAAUGACCUCUCCAUAUCUUGCUUUGAACAUUGCCACGAAAGUCACGCGAUACGAUUUCCGAGGCCGGCCAGAUCGCCAUCCUCAUAGCAUCAACCGAUGUCAUCAUCAGGUCUUGCAGCCCCAUGACCGCAUGCCAUUGCACGGUAAUCCCUUGCUCCCCUGCACCCAGAUCCCAGUCCAACACCACGAGCAACUAUCUGUCGACCAGCCCGACGUCACGACGUCCAAACACGCCGCUGCGUCGCGCCCACUGGCCGUUGCGCAGCGUGCUGUGGUGUGUUUACCUGCUCGCGGCGAUCAGCGUCCUGAGGGAGAUGUACUCGAGCGCCCAUCCCGGACAUAUAAUGGCGAGGUGCCGGCGAGUGCGAUGGCGACGAAGGUGGGGAGGGUGCUGAUCACCGGGGUGACGAAACAGUGUGAAUUCGUCGAUGGGGACGUGGGGUGAUAUACAAGGACUGUGCAACUCUCGGGAAAGGGCGUAUCACAUCGCGCCACCAAUGCUCAAGCCUACAGGGGAAAAUGAUUUUGCAUGAGAGAGAUCGCGACAUGCUCGUUCGAAGGAACUAUCCCUGCUUUCAACUCAAUUCUAGCGCCUUCAUCAUCAUCGCACGCGUUUGAAGAUCAAAGCCUCGUAUCUUUCGUGAAUAAGGACCUUAACGCCAUCGGAAAAGGAGGGUAACCGAGGGAGGGAGACGCAUCAAAUGGUCGGCCUGUCAACCACUGUCCCAACAAGCCAAAGAUGCUGUCCUGCGACGGAAGACAGGGAAGAUCGCGGAAGACCCGUGAGUGCUGCUCGAAGUACAUGCCUCCGAUGACCUGCCGGAAAGUGGGUCUGAUCGUCGUCUUUGUCUUCUGGGUGGAGUCCGCUCAUUGUGAGGUCGGCGACGGCGGUGAGGAGAGGAUUCUGGCUCUUGAGAGCAGUCGAGAGAUGAGCAGGAAGCAGGGACAAGCAGCACAGCAUAGCCACAUGCGCCCCAUUUGGCGACCAAAACUGCCAUCUUCCCCAGGCAUGACUGGCAGCCCUUGCUGGACGACUGAAUUUCAUGACGAACAAGCAUGAAUUCCCUCUGAUUUGGAACUGAAGCUGCCGGAAUCUAAGACGCGGAUAACCGCAGAGGGAUGGCUCGGAUGAGAUGCCAGAUCGCAGACAGGAUAGCGGGGUUUUGGCACGCUCGAUGAGUAUCGUUCUCGCCCCAUGACGCCAGCGCUCACGGGCUUCAUGCUCUCUCCGCCCUCGUCCCAUGGCUUCGCACACGCAAUGCUACGUUGCUCCUGUGGCUCUUGUCUACAUCGACGACAAAGUCCCAUAUACAUACGCAUGAGACCCCGGCGUCACGCCGUUUCAAAGCAGAGGACCUGACAGCGAGGCAUCCCAACGAGCGAAGAGGUGCCGGACGCUCCCCGCUUCUUUCGCGCCGAAUGGUGGCUGAACUCCGGCACUCACUUCUGCUUGCUCGUAUGCUCAGCGCUGAGCCUCGGCAGUCAGGAAAAAAUCAGGAUCGACCUAGCGAGCUCCCACCUGGCCUCGGUUCCGGAUCGCUGCUCCCAGCGCAGGCGAGGUGUCUCGACCCUGGGUGCUCCGGGACUUCUUCGGAGCCUGGAUUGGGAGACCGCUGCGCUUCGUAACGCACUGGUCGCCGGCGAGAAAACGCGUCGAAUCAGGCACAAUCGAAAACGAUCUCCGAGUACCCACAGGCGACACCCUUUGCUGGGUCGGAGGACCAGCAUCGAGUAGCCAAGAGGUCCCGCUACAGACACAGAGACACUGCGAGCCAGGCUCGCAAUCCUGAAAUGCAUGAGUAUAUCUUACGACAUGUGAUCCAGUCGCUUCGAAAAGGAAGGGAUUCUAGCGUAACGGUUACGACCGGGUUUACCCACCCUGGAAACAUGGCAUCUGGACGGUCGCAUCGCAACCGAAUCCGUUCUGUGUGGUGCGAGCUGAGGGCACUCACCGGGCGAGAACAGGGAAACAGGAACCUCAAUAUGACAUCAAGUGUGCGCUGUGCAGAGAUACAAGCCGUGAGAUCACCGUCGCUUCGAUGGGCCCGAUUGGCGGCCGGAGCCUCGUUUGCGACGGGCGAGAAUUGAUUCUUGCGCGCUGAUCCUCGGCCAAACGUACGAUCCUGACGAUGCUCGGGCUCGGACUCAGUCGCUGCUGAGCACAUGGCGGCAUGGACCGAGGUGUGGAUGAGCAGCUCACCGUCUCCUGAAUGGGCUGUGAUGCAAAGCGAUAUAAAAUAGGGCGGACGCAGAUUCCGGAAUCAUCAUCACCCAUUCCUCUUUCCUUCCCUUCCUCCCCAUCGCACUCAACAUGCCCUCUAUCACCACUUUCCUUCAACUGUCUGCCCUCGUCGGCGCUGCGCUCGCUCUGCCGAGCAACAUGACCGUCAUCGAGAACGGCAAGCGCGCGACUUGCACGGUCAACAGCGUGGCCAGCUCGAAGAACUUGAGCGGCUGCACCAACGUUGUCAUCCAGGGCUUCACGGUGCCUGCAGGCAACACCAUCACAAUUGCUGCCGCCAAGGGCGCGACCGUCACACUGGCCGGCGAUGUCGUCUUCGCAAAGACGACCACUCCUGGUCCUCUCUUCACCUUCAACACCCCUGCAAUCAACUUCGUGGGAGGAAACCACAAGAUCGACGGCAAUGGUGCAUCCUACUGGGACGGUAAAGGAACUAACGGCGGUUCGUUCAAGCCCCACCCCUUCAUCAAGGUCAAGGGCUACGGCACCUUCCAGCAGUUCACUGUCCUCAACUCGCCGGCCCAAGCGAUCUCUGUCGGCACCACCGGCGGUGCGGCAACGAUCUCACAUGUCACCGUCGACAACUCGCUCGGCGACUCCAAGGGCGGACACAACACCGACGGGUUUGACGUGAGCGCCGACGACGUCACGAUCUCGUCGUGCACGGUCAAGAACCAGGACGACUGUCUGGCACUCAACUCAGGAAACAACAUCAUCUUCGAGGACAACAACUGCGCCAACGGCCACGGCAUCUCCAUAGGCUCGAUCGCCACGGGCAAGAGCGUGACGAACUUCCAGGCGCUGCGCAACACCGUCACCAACAGCUUGUACGGGAUCCGCAUCAAGGUUCAAGCUUCUGCCACGAAUGCCAAGGUUUCUAAUGUCCUCUACUCUGGCAACAAGCUCUCUGGCAUCAGCUCUUACGGUGUGCUGAUCACUCAGAGCUACCCCGCCAACAACGGCAAGCCUGGAACUGGCGGACCCAUCUCUGGCGUCAGCUUCUCUGGUUCUCCGACCACGGUCGCUGGUACCAGCAACGCAUAUGGACUGGUCGUUGACUGCGGUGCUUGCACUGGCACGUGGGACUUCUCUGGCCUCGACAUCACCUCCGCCGGCAAGGGCCACGCGAUCGCCAUGGACAAGGCCAAGAUCUCUGGCGGCAAGUACUAAUCACUUCGUGUGUUUUUCCUCGCCAGGAGGAGAGCAACGACCGCAUAAUUCACCUAUGCUUCACAUAAUCUACCUCUCAUUUGAUUCUUUGGAGCAACACUUUCAUAUUCUAUACCUAUAUAAUCUGUUCAGGGUCACUUCACACAAUCUAAUAUAUUUGGCAUUUAAGGUUGAUUCUGAUUUCAUGCAAAGUAUUUCAAGUGUUU